ACGCAAAUUAACCUUUAUACAUUAUGUUGGUUGUUUGGAUAGAGACUGAACAUCAGAAACUUUAGGAAGGGUCUGUUGUGGAUAUUAUCAACCACUAUGGCUUCCACUCCCUCCGCCUCUGCCUUGUCUGCUGUUCUCCGGUGUCGGGGGAACUUCUGGACCCGGAAUCCGCCGACCAAGCGGCCUGCCACCUCGGUGUACAGCCUCGGCCUGGCCGGCGGGGCAAUGCGUGACUCGCCAGUUGAGCGCAACCGGUCAAACCAGGCGUCGGCGUGGGAGGCUUUUCUCCGAGGAGAGCGUGCUGCGGUGGGAGGAAGACUGACUGUAGCGUAUAAGUCGUCCCAGGUCCGCGGUAAAAUGUUCAGAAAAAAAGAAUUUAGGGAAAUGAAUAAAUUGUAUUAUCCAAAACGUUUGCAUUCCCCAGGGGACGCGCACUCCGCUGCGCCGUGGGUCCAAAACGCGCUGGUGCGUCAGCUGGCGCACAAGCUGACACCUGACCUGCCUGGGAUAGAUAAAUGCUCUAAAAUCAUCCAGAUGAUCAAAUACGACACAUGUGUUGCACACAUCUGUACAAUAGCGUUUCUUAAGGAAAUCAGUGAAUUCCCGGCUGGCGUUUUGAAAGUGUCCAUAACGUCCCCAUGUUUUAUGGAAAACGCAGGACAAUUACCGUCUUUCGUCUUGACGGGCUGGUCAACUUUGAAGAGCACCUGCUUCUCUUUGACUGCCCUGGUGUCAGAAUUUCUGUUUUUGAAGCUGGCAGUGUUGUGGAAGUGCAGCAGCAGCUCUGGUGAUGCGCCAAAGCAUCUGCAGUGCCAACAGGAUGAGAACAUCAUCAAAAACUAUCCCCUGCAGGCAAAUGGACAGAUCCACAGUCGCACCUCCUCCAAGGACAACUCCGGCUGUGGACAGACGAUCACAGAGGACAGACCUGACUGAGAGAGCGUCCAAGGCCUCAGCACCAAACUGUGAUCCAACAUUAUUUAUUGAUUUUUACUUGGCUUUCACAAUACACAACAUCUGGACUUCAACCCCGUGAUAGCCUAAAAGAUUGAUGGUUGUUUUUAGGGUAUUUCUUUUUGCUGUUCCUUUAGUAUGUAAAGGUAAUACUGUAAGAAAUCAGCUGUACUGAAUGUAGUCUCACAUUUUACUUAAGCCAGUUCAAAUAUGUCAGUACAUUUUAUUUUUGAGCUGACCCUUUUCGCACAAAAGCUUAUACUGUGGAAUAAAAUUUCCUUUUGGAAGGAUUUAAACUUUCACAAAAGGUAAAUAUUCAAAUCAAGUCUGAGUAAAAACUGUAAAACACAAUGUACUUAUUCUUGUCUUAAACUAUUAAAUGUGUUGUCA